AUGGUGUACUUGUGGAACAAGCAGAUGGUUCCUGUGCCAGCGCUUCCGGCCCCCAAGGAGGCACAGAUAGGCUGGGCUACAAAUCUGUUUUUAUAUAAUAAAAUCAUGCCAAUUUCAGUAUUUCGUCUGCAGGGUAUCAGCGAGAGAACGCAGUCCGGCAAACAGUUUCCUAGAGACCAGCUGUCGGCGUGCGCUCCGGGGCGUCUGCUGCCUUUUCCAGAGAGCCGCUGCCUUCGUGAAACCCUGAAGAUGUCAUCAGGAAACAGCACGGCUGGAGCGAGAAAUGCUAAGACCUGCAAGAGGUAUAAAAGUGUGAAGCGCCACGCCAGCAUCUAUGCCUACCCAGAGCCGCCCCACAGCAACUCGGAUGAAGAUAACGGGAAUGGAAAAGUGGACAGCAGUGACCCGGAGCAGAUCUUCCAGAACAUACAGUUUCAGAAGGAGAUCAUGUCCAAUAUCCGUUGCAGACCGUGGCCCAUGAGACAGAAAUUGAGGGCACUGAGGCAAGCGAAAGAGAUUGUGCUCAAGUACGAAGGUCGGCUGACUCGGACAAGAGGCUACCAGGCGGCUGGAGCAGAGAUGUGGCGAAAGUUUGUUCGGCUUGCAUAUAACUUUAUUGUCAUCUUUAUUCCUUGGGAAAUGAGGAUAAAGAAAAUAGAAAGUCACUUUGGAUCUGGCGUGGCUUCUUACUUCAUUUUCUUGAGAUGGUUGUUUGGGAUCAAUAUCGUUCUCACCGUCAUGACAGGAGCAUUUGUCGUUUUGCCGGAGAUCCUGGCAGGAAGGCCAUUUGGAAGCACCGACAGGAAGACGAUCCCUCCAGGGAAGGCUGCAUCCGCACAAGACCUGGAUACCAUCUGGUCUUUGGGGGGUUAUCUCCAGUAUUCAGUUUUAUUCUAUGGCUACUACGGCCAGGAAAGGAAGAUCGGAAGAGCGGGCUAUCGGCUGCCCCUGGCAUAUUUCCUCGUCGGAAUGGCAGUGUUUGCAUACAGCUUCAUCAUCCUCUUAAAGAAAAUGGCCAAAAAUUCAAGAAUGAGUCUCGCAAGUGCCUCUGAUGAAAACUACACAUUUUGUUGGCGGGUGUUCUGCGCUUGGGACUACCUGAUCGGCAACCCGGAGGCUGCAGAGAGCAAAUCGGCUGCUAUUGUGAACAGUAUCAGGGAAGCUAUACUGGAGGAGCAGGAAAAGAAGAAAAGCACAAACCUGGCAGUGACAAUAAGCUUAAGGAUCAUUGCAAAUAUCCUCGUGCUUCUCUCGCUCGCUGGAAGCAUUUACAUCAUUUACUUUGUAGUGGACCGGUCUCAGAAAUUAGAACGAACCAAAGCGGUACUCACCCUCUGGGAGAAGAAUGAGGUGAGCGUUGUGGUCUCGUUGAUCACAAUGCUCGCUCCCUCUGCCUUUGAACUGAUUGCAGCUUUGGAGAUGUACCAUCCGCGGACCACUCUACGCUUUCAGCUUGCCAGGGUUCUUGUCUUAUAUCUUGGAAACCUCUACAGCUUGAUCAUCGCACUUCUGGACAAAGUGGACAGCAUGAGCGUUGCUGACUCCAAGACUCAUAGCAAUGGAAGCAAUGCGGUGGGUACCACCUUCUCAUUAGCUGCUAAAACCCUUAUGGAAGGAGUUCCUUUCACCACCUUUCCCAACAUGCAAGUUGUGAGGAACGGCACCUUCCCCCUGGCUGAGAAUCAAACCCAGAAUUACUUCCUGCCUGUUAAUCCGGUGGUCAACAAGACGCCUUCCUACGAAUAUAACACUCAAAGUCACCAAGACCAGUGCUGGGAGACAUAUGUUGGUCAAGAAAUGCUGAAGCUGUCAAUUAUCGACAUGCUAUUCACAGUGGCAAGCAUCCUGUUAAUUGACUUCUUCCGAGGACUCUUUGUCCGAUACUUAAGUGAUUGUUGGUGCUGGGACUUGGAAAGCAAGUUUCCAGAAUAUGGAGAAUUCAAAAUAGCAGAAAAUGUCCUGCAUUUAGUCUACAACCAAGGGAUGAUCUGGAUGGGUGCCUUCUUUUCCCCGUGCCUGCCUGCAUUCAACGUCCUCAAACUAAUUGGGCUCAUGUACCUGCGGAGCUGGGCGGUCCUAACUUGUAACGUGCCCCACCAGCAAGUCUUCAGAGCUUCAAGAUCGAAUAACUUCUACUUAGCCAUGCUGCUGUUCAUGCUGUUUUUGUGCAUGUUGCCCACCAUAUUCGCCAUUGCCCGAUACAAGCCAUCUCUCGGCUGCGGUCCAUUCAGCGGGCAAGAGAAAAUCUACGACAUUGUGUCGAAAACCAUUCAAGAUGACUUUCCUGUCUGGUUCAAGAACGUGAUGACGUACAUCAGCAGCCCCGUUGUGGUCCUACCCGCCUUGCUGCUUCUGUUCAUGCUAAUUUACUACCUUCAGAGUAUUGCCAGAUCCCUGAAAUUCACUAACAAUCAACUGAGGAUGCAGAUCCAGGCUGAAAGAACGGAAGACAAGAAAAAAGUGGUCCAAAUGGCAGCAGUCAGAAUCCAGAAUUUGGAAGGAACCGGCAAAAGGCCAGAGCAGGAGAGCGACGUCAUCAGCCAGGAGUCCUCUGCUCGGUCCUCAACACCGAGGAAGAACGGCAGCGUGUUGACUUUUGAGUCCCCCAAGGGCAGCCAAAUACAGACGGUCUCCCAGUCUGUGCCCCAUCUCGACGUGACCAAGCCCAUCAACCCAACCCCAGCAAACGCUGCCCCUCUCGCUCCGGCUGCUCUACCACCCGCAGUUCCAGCCCCCGUCACACUGACACCUUCUCUUCCUACUAUACAGAAGCCCAGAAUGGAGCCCAUUGCCAACAGAUACCCCAGUUCUGCCCACGGGAGCGCGAGCGAACUCUGCAAAGCCAAGACUUACACUCCUGUGAAGUUCAAGAAGCGCGUAGAAGACGUUCAUUCAGAACCUCUCUUCCGCAAGAGCCUUCAGCAAGUCAAUCCGGAUGCCCCUGCUUUUGCGGGCCGCCGAGCUCACACGGCUAAGUAUUUUAUCGUCAACGAGCACGAACCCCGCAAAAGACUCCUCCGCUCCACCACCCGGCUGCCGAGGAAUUAUCGGAUGGAUGAGUCAGGGGAUGUCGUUGAGCUCUACCCGAGAAACGUCCGGAGGUAUCUGGUUCGGACACCGCACAGAGUGUAUUCCCCUCAUUUCAGCGAAGAGGAGGAAGAGGAGGAGUUAAGGAGAAGCAUGGCAAACAGGUCCCACCGUCCACGCUCACUGUCCGAUCUCCGAGCAGCCCCCCGGUUCUACAUCGGAGAAUGUGUAGACGGUCAGAUCCUUGCCAGCAAGCCCUUGGCCAAAAUGCACUACAAAUCUUGGGAAGGCGGCUUUGGGUUAGCGUUCGACAGGCCCCCACACCCCCACAGAAAGAUUCACAUGAAAAACAUCGAGCUGGACCAGCGGUACCCAGAACACCACGCCAAGACCUCGAAACCCAAGCACAAGCCGGAACCGUCCCCAACGGAGUCCGAUUCUGUUUCCAUCGGUUCCAGCAGCGACCAGCCAACCAGCAGCAAUGAUCAGUACAUCCAGGUCAUUCACAGCAAAGAGAAAUAUCUGAAAUCCAGAGCAAAACUAACCCGGAAGAAAUCCAAGUCUGGCAUGGACCUCGACGCAGCUGAGGCUAAUGAACUGAUAUGCUCCAAUGUCUAG